GGAUGACGCUGAUGUAAGGAGGCACGGAGGAGGUAUGGGUGUCUGGCUCGGUGUCUGGACAUGUUGCUACAUUGCCUCCCUCAGCUUUGGCUUCCUCAUUGGCGCUGCGGUGAUCGAUCAACUUCCACCAGACUCCGGUUUCUAUGUCAGCAUCGCUUUGACCGCAAUCGCGCUUUUGCUAAACAGUCUCUGUCCAGAGGUGCGUCGUUCGGCGUUCCGACGAUCGGUUGUGGAAGUCAGAACUGGGACGGAUAUCUCUCGGCGUGUUGCUCGCGGCGAGAUCAUGAUGCAUCGCGUCAAAACGGGACCCAAGUGGUGGGGCCAGGAGUUGUAUCAUGGUGUCGCACUUUGCUUUGAGAUGCUUCGACAACCUGGUUUCGCUGUCAUGGCCAUUUACUCUGGUUGGAUUUACGCCCAAGUGGUUCUUAUUAUCGUCUUGUUGGGCUCACUGACCUCAAGGUUUUACCGAAUGCGAUCACCAUUCGUUGGACUCAUCGUAUCUGCAAUAGCAUUUGGCGCACUCGCUGCUAUCCCAUUCCAAAAGGCCAGCUACUUCUCCAGAGCGAGACAUACCCAGGUAAACACCAGCCGCAUGACAUUCGACAAGCAGGUAACAUGGACAUCUCACCUUCUUCGCCGAUCCAUAUUCGCCAUUGGCCUCCCACUGGCUGGGAUCAUCUACACAUUGGUUUCGACUGGUCCACCGAUGCAUCCAAUUGCACCCGCCAUCGUCGCCGCUGCAAUCGGUUUUCUUUCGUGCCUGGCAAUCUCAGAAUGCAACGGACUCAUCAUGGAGACCUUUGACACUUCGGAUCUGCAAUCUGGAAUGACAGGCCGGCCUCGAGGCAAUUCAGACAAUGCACAAAAGAGGAAAAACUACUCUGCCUACCCUCGCGUGACUGCAGGGUUUGCCGUUUGUCAUACCUUGGGGUUCAUUUUCGCCGCUGGAGCAACUGCACUAGGCGGCAUGGCCCAGCGGAAUCUCGGUCAGAGGACAGCGACCGGAGUUGUAGCCGGUAUCUUGUUCAUUUUGACACUGAUACUGACAUUGACAUUGAUUCGAUUCAAGGAGGUCACGAUCAUUCCGGAGAGCAAGACCGAGGCGAUGGACAGGUGGACAGCUGCGCGCAGAGAAUCUAUCAAACGUCGCGAUUCAAUGCCAAACGGGGUGAUGGACGACAAAGAUGUCAUCGCUGAAGAAGAGCCAUGGCGUCCGUUUAUUGUUGGUAACCCCACCAGCAAAACACGGCGAGUCAACGUCCUUGAGCUCGGUAACCUGUCGCGUUUCACGGAGAUCAGAAAAAGGAACAAGCUCAUAGACGCUAACCAGCACCUGAACCGAGCGGCUUUCGAUGCUGGGAUAGAUGCACUUGAUGAUCAGAUCAGCGAUGUCAUGAGCGAUAUCGUUGAUGAUGUCAAAGAUCUCGUGAGAAGAGGCAGUCAGAGGAGUCAGCGAAGCCAGCGAAGCCAACAUAACCGGACCUCGCGUUCGCGGCGGAACCAUCGAAGUGCGACAAGCGAUGGGAGUGGCCAUUCUUCUAUUGAAAUGACUUCUUUGGAGGAUGUCAUGUCAGGUGGUCAUCGGCCCCGAAUGCCUGAAGAUGUAUACAAUGAACGAGAAUGCCUCAGAGGCCAAACGGUCAAGGAAGAGUGAAAAGUAAGAUUGGAGGGCUUCGGUACAAGAUGGAAUUCCUAUAAAUAGAAGAGACCGUC